AAGAUCAAUCAAUUGCUCAACCACAAAGUUAUAAUAAUGGUACAAGUAGUACAAAGUUUUGAUCCUUCAAUGUUCAAAAAUAUCCAUAUAAAUAGAAAUAGCGUGGAUGCUCAAGUUAAAACAAUUUUGGGUAAAAAUCCGGUGACCACCACUGCGAACCUGAAUGCUUGGUUACUUAAAGCAAUCACCGUUAUUGACUUGACCACUUUAGCUGGCGACGACACUGCAUCUAACGUUUCAAGACUCUGUAUAAAGGCUGCCCAUCCCUUAUCAGCAAAACUAAUCAGUGAUUUGGGUCUCAGUGAGGAUGAGAAGGUGCGCACGGCUGCAGUAUGUGUAUACCCCAACAGAGUUUCCGAUGCAUACAGCACACUCAAGCGCAUGGGCUUGACUGAUGAAAUACAAGUGGCUUCUGUUGCCACCGGCUUCCCAUCUGGCUUAUAUCCUUUGCAACCGAGGCUGCUCGAAAUCAGUAAAGCUGUAGAUGACGGAGCAACCGAAAUAGAUGUAGUUCUGGACCGCAGUCUUGUGCUGACUGGGAAAUGGGACGUCCUGUAUGAUGAGGUGGCGCAGAUGCGGAAGGAAUGUGGGACGGCUCAUCUUAAGGUCAUACUUGGUGUAGGGGAGCUUGGGACAUAUGAAAAUGUGUACAAAGCUUCCAUGGUAUCUAUGAUGGCCGGUGCCGACUUUAUCAAGACCUCCACGGGAAAGGAGGCAGUGAACGCGACCCUACCAGUAGGGCUGGUCAUGUGCAGGGCCAUAAGGAAGUUCUACCAAAUGACGGGGCACAAGGUGGGCCUGAAGCCAGCAGGCGGCAUCAAGACGGGCCGCGACGCUGUCAACUGGUUAGUACUAGUGCACACCGAGCUGGGACCUGAGUGGUUGGACCCCAAGCUCUUCCGCAUUGGCGCUUCCAGCGUUCUCGACGAUAUUGUCAACCAUUUGCAAAAUAACGCUGUGGAGUUUAAACAAUAAU